UCAGUUGCAGGCUCAGAUAGCGGGUCGCCGGACGCAUCCGGACGCCGUCGACACAAGAACCGGACCCGCUCGGUUCUUUCUCGUCGUCGUCUCACUGGGGGAGAACUUUUUUUUUUUUAUAAUUAAAUCCUUUUUUUUGUUAAUUUCUUUAAUUAGGAUUUCCCGUAUUUAGUAUUAUAAUAACUUGUUGUAGUUUUUUUUUUUUUAAACGGUUCGGGGUCUACUCCGCCGUAAUGCACGGGUUAGCGAGCUGACGUACGUCACAGGGGAGCCGACGGUCCCGGUGGGGGUUCUUCGAUCAUCCCGGUGUUGUCGGUCCGUGACCCGCGGUAAACAUGGAGAAAGGUAACCGGCUGGUAGAGCUGUGUCGCUACCUACAAGACCCCCACCUCGUAGCCCGCUUUCAGCGCUUUUGUGGAGUACGCGGGACGUUUUCGAGAACCGGUACCACCGCGACCGGCACCGGCAAGGAGUCGGACCGGUCUCGCUCGCACAACAACGGGGCUUGCCGUCGCCACAUCGCCGGGGAAAACGACAGCGGAGCCUCGGCCGUCACCGGAGCCGGGGAAGGGGAGAAAACACAAACGGGGUCGCCGACGCGUGUUCGCAGGAGGGACGACGACGACGCCGACGCCGACGCAAACGUCGCGACGAACAGAGGGGAGGAAAGCGAACCGCCGCCCCGGAACGGGGCGCUCGUGCCGGGCGGUGAGACGGCCUCCGCCACGGCGAAGCCCCUCCGCAGGAACUCGCUGACGGGCGACGCCGGCCGGGAGUUCCUCAUCGGGAACCGGUUCCUGUACUACAUGUUCACCUUCGGCACCGAGCUGGGCAACGAGCUGUUCUACAUCACCUUCUUCCCCUUCGUCACGUGGAACGUGGACGCCUUCGUGAGCCGCCGGCUGAUCAUGGUCUGGGUCUGGGUCAUGUACCUGGGGCAGUGCACCAAGGACGUCGUCGGGUGGUCCCGGCCCGCCUCGCCGCCCGUGGUCAAGGUGGAGAUGUUCUACAACUCCGAGUACAGCAUGCCGUCCACGCACGCCAUGUCCGGCACGGCCCUGCCCCUCUCCCUGCUGUUCCUGACCUACGGCCGCUGGGAGUACCCGUUCACACUGGGCUUCAGCUUGGCUCUCUGCUGGUGUCUGCUGGUCUGCGUCAGCCGGAUCUACAUGGGGAUGCACUCGGUCCUGGACGUCAUCGUCGGCGUCCUCUACAGCGCCCUCAUCCUGCUCUUCUUCCUGCCGGCGUUGGACCUGAUCGACGGCUUCAACGUGACGUGCCGCUGCGCGCCGCUCGUCAUCGUCACGCUGCACCUGCUCCUGGGCUUCUUCUCCUUCAACCUGGACACCUGGAGCACCUCGCGGGGCGACACCGCUCAGAUCCUGGGCACCGGCGCCGGCGUGGCGCUGGCCUCGCACGUCAACCGCCGCCUGGGCCUGUUGCCCGACGCCGCGCCGGACCAGCUGCCCUUCGCCACGCCCGCCCUCGGCGCCGGCCUGGUGGGCUCGGCGCUGCUGCGGCUCGUCCUGGGCGUGCUGGUGCUGAUGGCCACGCGGGCGCUGAUGAAGGCCGUCACCCUGCCGCUGGUGUGCCGGGUGUUCGGCGUGCCCGGCGGCGACGCCAGGAAGGCCCGGCAGCACAUGGAGGUGGAGCUGCCGUACCGCUACAUCGUCUACGGGGCGGUGGGCUUCAACGUGCUCUUCCUGGUGCCGCUGCUCUUCAGCUGCGCUCGGCUCUCCUGAUUGGACGUCAGGUCCGAUCGGACCCCCCCACCCCACACACACACAGAACCCGGGGGGUGAAUCAAAGCAUCGAAGCUGAUCUGGAUUCUGACGUUGGCUGUUUUUUUUUUUUUGUAGUCGGACCAGGAGCCGCCGGGAAAUGUGGUGACUCAGGUUUUUUUGGGGGGGGAGGGACGCGUCUCUUUGAUCUUUUUGAUUGACAGACGGUUCCUCCUGAAGCCACUCCUCUUCCUCCCCCGAGGGACUAAACGCCACUGAUCGCUACUGAUCAAUAACCUGCGUCUUAAUAUUCACGUUUCCAUUACUGCUUUGCUUGUUCGUGACCGUUUCAGAACCACACAAAACUCUCUUCAGGUGAAACUCGUCAAGGUUUUUCAAGGUUAAAACGCCCAAAACGUGUGUUUUAGUGACAUCGAAUUAAAAAAAAAUAAAAAAUAAAAAAACCGUCUUCAUUCAUGAGUCUAUGAAAUGUUAUUUAGAAAAUGUAGUAUUGAAAGAAAUAUAAGGAGAAGAGAAAAAAGAAUCGUUGCGGAUGCAUUUUACAUUUAAAAAUUAAAUGUUAACAUUUUGUGUGGUUCUGUGUCAUAAUUCAUAAUUAAUCUUCCGCUCGCCGGCAAUACGAUUUUUAUACUUCCUCAUUCCAGUGUCUGAGCUUUUCCUGACGGUGACCUUUGCCCCCCCCCCCCCCCCCCCCCCCUCCCCUCUGACCUGUGGACUGGACUCACCUGUGGUUCAAAAGGUCUUCAGCGUAUCACCUGAAACAUAAAGGGCUCCCCCCACUUUGUUUGUUUUUUAAUGGGACGACGGGAAUCUGCCGUUUCCUCUUCUUACGACACUGUAAACUGACUUCCUGUUCGAUGGCGUCCACUUCCUGUGCGGAGGAGAGAGAGGGGGGGGGAGAAAGGAGGGGCUCAGCUCAGGCAAAUACAAUAUUAUUAAUGUCAAAUUAAAGACAAUAUAAUUUUGUAGGAAACCAGACGGAGAAGCAGUAAAUUAAGUAUAUUAUUAUACAAAUUCUCAUGAAAGUUAUUGACUUGACACUUAAUUUUAGAAAUAUUACAACUUUAUUCUUCACAAGUCAUUUUUCUAUCGUGAAGAAACAACGCAGACACAAACAGGAAGUCACAAACAGGAAGUCACAAAGAGAGAAAUGUUCUGUUUCGCUGUUAACAAAGCAAUAUUUAAAUUUAAGGAUUUUCUAAACUUAAGGUUCAAAGUUUUCUGUUUUUUUUCGACAAUUCAAUACCAGCUAAAGUUAAUGUAGACCUGCAGGAACACACACACACACUCACACACACACACGGUUUAUGACAGCCGUGACAUC